AACCGGACCAUGGCGCCGCCGAAGCAUCUGUCCGCUGUAUACGUGGCGUUUCAACUAUUUAUUCUGAAGUUGUUUCAUUUCGCCGAGGCAAACCAUGGAGGGCUAUCGCUUCUGCAACCGUAUGAUUUCUUAUACUACAGUGGAGUUCGCUCGUAUUAUAACCAGGAGUGGGCCAAAGCUGCAGAACUGAUCGAGAAGUCCAUUAUUACCAGAGAGUCUCUGUUCAGGGUUCGGAGACAGUGUCACGACGUGUGUCAGACUUCAGGACAAGAAGCUCGCCAGAGGCUUGACACAGCAAAGGGGGCGCUGUGGGACCUCUGGGCCUUGGACUGGGUUCAGCAGGAGGCAGAAUGCCUGAGGUUCUGCAUGGGUCGCUCUGUCACUUCCACCGCACUGCUUCCUGUCUCUAGCGACAUAGACUAUGAGUUUGGCACCCGCAACCCUUACAACUUUCUUCAAGUCACGUAUUACAAGCUGGAGAAGCUGCAGAAAGCUGCAGCAGCCGCUCAGACAUACUUCGUCGCCAACCCCAGCCACUUGGAGAUGAGAAACAACAUUGAGAAGUACAGAAGGAUGGAGGGAGUGACAGAAGAGGCGUUUCAGGACCGAGAGAUUGGCAAUGAGAGGCACUGGGUUCUCUAUGACUCCGCUCUUCAGCAUGAGGCCUCGUCCAACUGGCCCCAAGCUGUUGAGAAGUGGAAAGCAUGUGUGAACGAAACACUCCGCCAGACGGAGGAAUGCAGGGUUCAGUGCCUUGUCGCUUCUCAGCCGCUGCCGGAGGACAGAGGAGUGGGAACUGUGGACGGGGUGUUUGAGAAAGCUGCUGCUCUCUCUCUUUCCAUGCUCUCCUGUCGGCAGUUCUGCGUGACGCAAGUGUCCACACGACCCGGAAGGCUCUCCGCUCAGGAGGAUUUCCUGCCUACUCAGCUGGAGCACCUGCACAUUGCACAAUUUAAAGCCGGCGACAUCAGAGGAGCAGUGAAGACUCUUCGGUCUCUUCUCUUGUUCUACCCCUCUGAUAAGGACUCAGUAGACAACCUACAGUUCUACUUUGAGACCCUGGGGGGUGACAGAGAGUCAAAGGAGACACAACCCUGUGAGGAGAUCAGUCGAUAUGUUAGUCGCUCUUUGGAAGAAAAGAAGCUACUGUAUUUUGGUGUGGAACACUUGGACUUCAGCUUCACAGACCCAGAUAUCUGGACUCCAGAAGAUGUGGUACCGGAGUCUAUCAGAGAGGCCUGGAAGGCUGAAAAAGAGAAAAUGAAUGAAAAGAUGAAGGAAGGAGAGCAGCAGAUUGACGUUGAUGACAGUGGAUUUUUUGCUGGUGGUCCGGUUCCACAAGUGGGUGUGACCAUCACAAUGGAUGAUGAACUUCUGAACGGGACCAAUCGUGUUGUGUUUGAUGGAGUGAUGACGGAAAAAGAGUGUGAGAGAAUAGUGCAGCUAGCAAACGCUGUAGCCUCUGCUGGGGACGGUUACCGGGGGCGACGGUCCCCCCACACACCUCAUGAGACAUUUGAUGGUCUUACUGUCCUGAGGGCUGCCAAACUUGCUCAGGAUGCCCUGGUGAACCAAACAGACGCUAAGCUGCUGUAUGAGCUCGGAGAGCGGGCCCGAAUCCUGCUCCAUUCCUACUUCAGGAGCCCGUCGGGACUUUUUGUUGCGUUCACUCAUCUGGUCUGCCGCAAUGCCGUCCCAGGGGACCAGCAGGGCAGGAUAGACCUGUCUCACCCCGUCCACGUGGACAACUGUCUCCUGGAGCCGGAGACCAAACAGUGUUGGAGAGAGGCUCCGGCGUUCAUUCACAGAGACCUCAGUGCGAUUCUCUACCUGAACCAGGACUUUGAAGGAGGAGAGUUGUUCUUCACUCACAGAGAUGCCAAGACAGUCACAGCUCGUGUCAAACCAGCGUGUGGGCGGCUGGUCGGGUUCUCAUCUGGGCCUGUCAAUCCUCAUGGCGUUACCGCGGUAACCAGCGGCCGCAGGUGUGCGCUGGCCCUCUGGUUCACAAAGGAGAAGCUGUACCGAGACAUGGAGCGGGAGGAAGCUGAGGUCAUGUGGGGGGAACCGGGUGUUAAAAACGAAGAGGAAGGUGGUGGCAACACCGCCAGUCGGAAUGCUCGAAGUCAAUCAUCAAAAGACAAAAGCAAAGAGAGAGGAAGGGUCACAGGAGGCAGAGAUGAGUUGUGAGGGGGAAACAUCCUAAGGUGCCAUCUGGACAGUUCUUGCACAUUAUAGUCAAAGAAAAAGGUCUCACUUUUGAGUCCAUGUACAUUUAUUUGUGUGUGUGAAGGAAUUGGCCAUCUCAUGAACACAGGAUCAGGACCUCAAUAUGAACCAACAUGCACCCAUGUAUUUCAUACUACAGGAAGACCGACCUUCCACCACUUGUGUCCACUUAAUGCAGUGCUAUCAUGUGGCACAUGUACACUUACACUGUCUUCACUCUCUCAUAGAACGACGUGGAGAUCAGGGUAACAAGAGGAUCAAAGGGAAUUUGAGUCAUUCUUCAACUAAUGUGUAUAUAUAAAUGUUUUUAUGUUUUAACUUUUUUUUAAACCAUCCAAAGGAAGACUUGUAGAAGAUAUGAAGAGGAAACACAUGACAGAUUUAGAUUUGCGUAGUCUUUAUGACCAACUGUGUCUAAAAUUAUGUGACAGUACAGGAAUUUAUUUGCCUGUUCUCAACCAAUGGAAACAUGAUUGUUUUAUUUUGCUAUACUGAAUUCAGAGAUAAUAUAUGAGGUAUUUUCAGAAACUGGCAAAUACAAUGUGAGACCAAGCACUUCAAUGAAUGUAAUUUGUCUCAAGCUGAAUUUAAAGUUGUUUGUUCCUUACCUUUCAAACAGAAUGAAAAUGUAUGUUUGGCUUUUAGAACUUGUGUCUUCCCUGCUGUGUGUGGCCUUUCACUGUAAAACGAUGCAUACAUCUGAUU